AUGGACGUUACAACGGAUGUCGAGGCGACCACGAGUAAUGAUUUUGCAGAUGACCUAACUGGAAUUGAUGCAUUCUGCGGGGAACCGCUAAUGGUAAGACUUUUGUAUUAUUUUGGAGUUUUUAGAUAUGCGAUGGGGUAAGAAAUUCUAGAAUUACGUAAAACCCCUUGAAGUGGUACCCAAAAUAAAGUUCGUGCCCGUUUUGGCAACGAAGUUUGGCUUUAUCUUACUUUUGUAAAAAAUCUGAUCUUUUAUCGUAACCCUAAUAAAAUAUUAUUUUUCAGAGGCCGGGCUGGCUAAACAGCUCAUCUCUUCCAGUAAUGACCCAAUGCUUCCAACACACUGUAAUGGUUUGGAUACCGUUUAUUUUUGUUAUGGCAAGCGCUCCCAUAACAAUAUUUCGGAUAUCCAUGAAAAAGAAUCAACCCCUGCCUUGGACUCAACGACUUUCUGCUAAAUUAGUAUGUUUGAGCUUUCAGUAGGCCACCGAUGGGAUGUAGACCUUCUAGGCUGAUUUAAAAUAAUUCCUCCGAAUUCCUUUUGGUUUUCACAGAUCUUUCGUCUUCUACUACAAUAUAAUUUUUCCCAUUUUUCAGACAAUUACUUGUUUGCUAAUAUUGGAUUCUGCGUUUUUGUUUUUGUUGGCCUUCUACGAAGCUCUCGGAGAAGGGAUUUUGAAUACAGUGGAUUUUGUCUAUCCGCUUAUGGAGUGUUUCUCAAUGGUAAGUGUGCGUUAUAUUUUUAUACUCCGACGUUUAGAUAUUGAUGGCGACGUUUACAUUGGCAUGCCAGAGGUAUGGAAAGGUGACGUCAGGAGGCAUAUGGCUGACCUGGGUGAUCUUUGCGAUAUGUGGGAUCCCAGAGUUGCAAUAUUAUCUAAAUCUUGGGUUCAGUCCGUCGGUAAGGUGGAUUUUUUGCGUAAUGUUGUGUUAAGAUUUUUUGAUGACUAGAACGUUGUUUGAAAUACUGUUUUGUUCUAUUUUUAGCAGUUGCACGUCCACGAAGUUCCUCGAUACAUCUCAUUUUUAAUCUGGUAUCCCUGCAUUGUUGUGCAGGUUGUUUUGUUUUCAUACGCGGAUGUUCCGGGGUCGGAUCGGUAUAAACGGCUGGGACAUGAGGUAAGGCAACUUUUUGAUUGGUUUACUUUUGUGUUUAGAAGAUCUCAGAAGAGAAGUUCUCUUCUUUUCCCAAUCGUCAAUGCAUGUGGUGGUUCAACAAGAUUUGUGCAAUUGGUAUCCGAAAACCCUUGGAAGUCAGCGAUCUCUACUCACUGAACGCCGAUGACACUUCUGCUUGUCUAGUCCCACGGUGGAAUAAAUUGUGGAAUGAAGCGAUGAAGAGUAAGGUCCACUUUUAUAUUAUUCUAUGCCAAGUCGAGUAUUCUAAUGAUUUUGAUUGUUUUAGAGUAUGUUGCAAACAAGAAAUCAUUGGAAAAGCGUCGAAGAAGCGUACUCGAAGCAUCGACUCAACUCGAAUCAGACACAACGCCAUUGUUAACUGUCAAUAUUGAUAGAACCGACUCCAAUCUCUAUGGGACAACAUCUCCGGAACCUCAAUCGAGACCUUCAGUGUCUCCUCCAUCAAUCUUUCUGAGAUUGUUCUGUAUGUUCAAGUGGGAUAUUAUUGCUGCAAUGCUUAUCAAGUGCGUCUCCGAUUUGCUGGUUUUUGCCAAUCCACAACUUUUGAGGUAGGAUAAUAUUGAAAAGUGAUUGUGUUGGAAGUUUUUAUUAAAUUUGAUGUUGAUUUUAGCUCUCUCAUCAAAUUCACGGAAAAUCCCGCAGCACCCAUGUGGCAUGGGGUUAUCUUGGCGUUCGGAAUGUUCUUCGCCGCCGAAUUGAGCUCUUUACUGCUGAACAACUACUAUUACUUGAUGUACAGAGUUGGAACUCGAAUCCAAUCUGUUCUCACUGCUGCAGUUUAUAGCAAAGUAAGUUUAUUUUCGAUUGAUUUGAGUCUCUUCCGUUUUUAGACCCUGCGGCUUUCAAAUUCGGCCAGAAGAGAGAAAACCGUCGGAGAAAUUGUGAACCUAAUGGCAAUUGAUAUCGAUAGGUUCCAACAAAUCACCCCGCAGACUCAGCAGUACUGGUCUACACCUCUGCAAAUUGGAUUGGCCUUGUAUUUCCUGUGGAAACAGAUUGGAGUAUCGGUUAUUAGUGGAGUCAUGGUCAUGUUCUUAUUGUUGCCAAUUAAUUUUUUGAUCACAAUGCAAACAAGGAAGUAUCAGGUGAGAAUCGAUUUUAGAAUUAGACGCAGGGUAAUUUAUCUGUCGUAUUUUACAGAUUUAAUUACGAAUUUGAUGAGUUUUUGGGUGGAAUAGACCAUAAAGUUUUAUCUCAUUUUAGGUCCGUCAGAUGCAUGUAAAGGACGAGCGAACCAAGAUGGUGAACGAAGUCCUCAGUGGAAUCAAAGUCAUCAAGCUGUAUGCCUGGGAACCCCCAAUGGAACAUGUCAUUAACGAACUCCGCUCCAAAGAAUUGGCGUUGAUCAAAAAGGCGGCUUUCCUCCGAACCUUCUCAGACAUGUUGAACACUGCCUCGCCAUUCUUGGUAGCGGUCUCCACCUUCACGACCUUUAUAUUCCUCGAUCCUGCGAAUAUUUUGACCCCUGAGAUUGCGUUCGUUUCGCUGACUUUGUUCAAUCAACUGAGAACUCCGAUGAGUACGGUGGCUGAACUAAUCUCACAAACGGUCCAAGUGUUUGUCAGCAAUAGAAGAUUGAAGGAGUUUUUGGUCUCGGAUGAGCUAGAAGAAUAUGUGGAAAAGGCACCCGGAGACAGUAGGUGUUUUUUUGGGAAUAAAGUUGUAUUUUGUUGUCCAUGACACCUCUUUGUUUUCAGAUUUCCGCCCAGACGAUGACAUUGUCCUAGUCCAACAAGCGAAUAUCACCUGGGACCGAACCGAGCCGAUCCCAUCUUUGACUGGCCUCAACAUGGCCGUUCCUCGAGGCCAAUUGAUUGCAGUGGUGGGAAAAGUGGGAGCCGGAAAGAGCUCGCUUUUGAUGUCCUUGUUAGGAGAAAUGGAACGCCUUAGAGGAAAGAUUGGAGUUUAUGGAACGGUCGCGUAUGUCCCACAACAACCAUGGAUGCAGAAUGGAUCCGUGCGACAUAAUAUCGUGUUUGGAAAAAGAUUUGAUGAGUACUUUUAUGGACGAGUUAUGGAUGCGUGCGCUUUGUACCCGGAUAUGAGUAUUCUGACGUCGGGAGAUAUGACUGAAAUUGGCGAAAAGGUAAGGUUACGUUGAUUUAUGGGUGGGUAAGGGUUAUUGACGACUAAUAACCCCACUUUUAGGGUAUAAACGUCUCGGGAGGACAGAAGGCUCGCAUCAGUUUGGCAAGAUCCGUUUAUCAGAACAGGGAUGUGUACCUAAUGGAUGACCCCCUUUCAGCAGUCGAUUCCCAUGUCGGAAAACAAUUGUUUACGAAUGUCAUUGGGCCUGAAGGAAUGCUGAGAAAUAAGACGAGGAUUCUGGUCACUCAUGAACUGUCGUACUUGAAGUAUGCCGAUCUGAUAUUAAUCAUGGCUGGUGAGUUGUGUUAUAUUACAAUUUUGUAUUGAAAGAUGACUUUUUUUAUUCUGAAUAUGGCUGUUUUAGACGGAAAGAUCCAAUCGGAAGGCUCAUUCGCCGAGCUGACUCAAACUGGCGCCUUCAAUCAGCUCCUGGAAGAGUGCAAAGAAGAACAAUUGGUUGCCCAGACUACAGCUCCGCCUGAGGACUCGGACGAAUAUUCGGAAUCGGACUCGGAAGACAUCUUCGAGGAUGAAGAAAACACUGUGGAUAAGAUGCUGGGCACCAGCGCGCUGUCAACGGUUUCUGGAAUUGCUACGAGAAGGCGGAAAAUAUCAAGCACCAGAUAUACAAGAAGAAGAAGGCAUUCAACGACGAGAGACUCGGUUUUGUCCACGGAAAUUGGAGGACGGCAGCUGACGGGAACUGAGAAGGUCGAAACUGGAAGAGUAGGUGAUAUUAUUAUAGGUUUAAUCAGGAUUCUGGUUGAGGUGUCUAGUGCAAUAUAAAAAAUUUGCAUUGUGUCAAAGUUUUUAUAUGAAAUGCCUUUAGGUCAAAUUGAUCGUCUAUCUGAACUAUUUCAAAGCCAUGGGAUUCUUCCUGUCGUUCCUGUUUGUAUUCGGAAUGACGACAUCAACAAUCGCGUCAAUGUUGAGGAAUCUCUGGCUGACGGACUGGUCCAAUGACAACGAAAAACUGGCUCAGAAUUCAUCUGCAGUCCCUAAAAUGGAUAUAGGAAUGCGAUUGGGAGUUUAUGCGGCGAUUGGAUUUAGUGAAGGUAAGAAAAAGAGAUUGAUCAUGAAUAAUAUAAGAAUAUGUUUUUUGUGGAACUUGUUUGAUCUAAGAUAGUGUAAAAUAAUGUUUGCAGUGGGCCUAGUGUUCUUCGGAAUGUCCGCUCUGCUGUUUGGUGGAGUGUCGGCCUCCAAGAAUCUUCACGCUCCACUUCUGCGAGCCAUCUUCAGAGCUCCGAUGAAAUUCUUUGAUACAACUCCGUUUGGCAGAAUUCUGAACAGAAUUGGGAAGGAUAUCGAAACCAUCGACUUCCUCCUACCAUACAAUGUUCAGUUCUUUUCGCAAUGCGUCUUGCAAGUGGUCUCAACUUUGGUGAUCAUCAUGAUAUCAACUCCAAUUUUUGGAAUCGUUGUCAUCCCUUUGACUGUCAUGUAUUUGAUUGUGCUGGUAAGUUUGUGAUAUUAUAGGAACCCUAACCUCCUUCAGAGACCAUUUUAUUGGAGAGCGGACUUACAAAUGAUUCCAAUUUCAGAGGUAUUACAUAGCCACAUCUAGACAGUUGAAGCGUCUGGAAUCUAUUACUAGGUCCCCAAUUUACUCUCACCUCGGAGAGUCGAUCAAUGGAGCAGCCACUAUACGAGCUUAUAAUGCCGUCGGAAGGUUUUGUCGAAUCUCGGAACACAAAGUCGAUACUCAUGUGCAAUGUCGGUAUCUCAAUUACGUCGCGAAUCGAUGGCUUUCAAUUCGAUUGGAAUUCAUUGGAAAUUGUGUUGUCCUCUUUGCAGCGCUAUUUGCUGCUUUGACGAGGGAGACGACCAGUGCUGGAGUUCUUGGUCUGAGUGUUUCGUAUUCGUUAAAUGUAAGUUGGGGUAGGAAAUUAAAGUUGAUGCGUUUUGAGGAUGGUUAAAGCUGUGUGGAGGAUUUGGAAGGUUUCUAAUACUGCGGAAUUGAUUGCGGAGUUGGACUUUAUUGUAUUCCUUUCUUUCAGAUUACAUUUGUCCUCAACUUUGCCGUCCGUCAGAUCAGUAAGCUGGAAACGAAUAUUGUGAGUGUGGAAAGAGUCAAAGAAUACUCGGAGACCCCGCAAGAAGCCCCAUGGGUAACCGACAAGAAACCCCCACCAGGAUGGCCAAGGACCGGAUCCAUCGAAUUCAAAGAUUAUUCGACCAGAUAUCGGCCAGGCUUAGAUUUGGUGGUGAAAGGAAUCAAUGUGAAGAUUGAAUCUGGCCAGAGAAUUGGAAUUGUUGGACGAACGGGCGCAGGCAAGAGCUCAGUGACCUUGGCUUUGUUCAGAAUGAUCGAACCGGCUUCAGGAAAGAUCAUUAUCGAUGGAGUUGAUAUUUCCGGUAAGAGGGCAUUAAGUGUAAUAUACGCGUUGGUGUAUUAAUAUUUUUUUGGCCAAAGGCAUUGUGUGUUACAUAGAUGUUAUAAUGAGUUUAUUAUUUGUAGAGCUUGGCCUCCAUGAUCUCCGUUCUAACAUCACCAUCAUCCCACAGGACCCAGUCUUAUUCUCAGGAAGUCUUCGAUUCAAUUUGGAUCCGUUUAACAAAUACACUGAUGAUGAGAUUUGGAGAGCACUGGAAUUGGCCAAUUUGAAGACCUUUGCCGCCUCUCAUCCUCAACUUUUGAUGCACGAAAUCACGGAAGGUGGAGAUAAUAUCAGGUGGGUACUGUAGUAUAGUAUCGAUUUUUUUCGAUUUUUUUUUCUUUGGUAAAUUGAGUUUGUAUUUCUCGGUGGAGAGGUAUAUGACUAAUUGUUGAAUUUAGUGUGGGACAACGUCAAUUGGUUUGUCUGGCCAGAGCUUUGUUGAGGAAAACGAGGCUAUUGGUUCUUGAUGAAGCGACUGCCGCGGUGGACAUGAACACGGACUCGCUGAUCCAACGGACAAUCCGGGAAGAAUUCAGCCAAUCUACUGUGCUCACAAUCGCCCACAGACUCAACACCAUCUUGGAUUAUGAUAGGUGAGAUAUUUGCUGGGCAUGUAUAACAUAAACUUAUUGAAUUUUUGCAAAUGUUUGUUGUUAAUAUGACUUAUUGUUAUGUUUGCAGGAUAAUCGUACUGGAUGCCGGCCGAAUCCGCGAAUUCGACUCUCCCGACAAUCUCCUAGCCGAUCGGCACUCCAUUUUCGCUGGUAUGGUCCGUCAAUCCCAGACCCCCACCGCCACGACCAGCGCCCCCAUCCCGUCGACCAGCUCUUCUUCAUAG